AUGGCAGAGCCGCGGGUGAUUCCAGGCUUUUACUACGAUGUCGAGAAAGGAAAAUACUUCAAGAUCACGAAAACCCAUUCUGCGCCACCGUCUCAAGCAAAAUACACUCUUCAGAAUGUAAGGAAGGAGCAGAAAAAGUCUACCGCUGAAAAGCAGGCAAGGAAGCAACAAGAAAAGAGAGAAGCAGAGACCAUUGUGCGACCACACAGCCGCAACAGAUGGGGGCUACAGAUGGCUAGUCUAGACAGGGAGAUUGGGGGGCGACGGAAAACGUAUUACACGCAUGGAAUCUGGCCGGAUGCUUGUGUGGCGGGAAUGGAGAAGAUGAAGACGGUGUGUACUGACCUGUGUAUUGCAUACAAUGACCCGGACAUCGACGGACCUUACGUGAACCAGCAAUUCACUCCGAAAAACUGCUCGACGAUAUGGGGUGCGGCCGCUCCAACAGUCCCAUUCGCACCGAACAGUAUACCACAAUCAGGCACAGAAAGCCUGGCUGUAGCCGCAUCUUCCUCUCUACUACUGUUUGAGCGUUCACCUACCGGCGAAUGGAACUCAUCGACCGCUUUACAAAGAGACACCGACAUAUUAGCACUUGACUGGCUAUCUCCGACUACUAUCAUUCUUGGUGAGCGAAGCGGCAAGAUAUUGCUCUACGACACUCGCUCAAAGGGACACUCACAUAUUCUGACGAACCCGUUUCCCAUUUCAAAACUGAAACGCGCAGACGACCCCACACGACUAAUUUGCGCUGGUGUGCAGGAUAGCCUGUUCUUGUAUGAUAUUCGCUCGCGAGAUACAUUUUCACAGCAUGCGCAAGGGCACUACAGUGAUAAGUUCUUCAAUGAUCAGUAUCCUGGUUUCCACCGUCGCCAGAAGCGGAAGAAGAUGAAACAUACCGCUGCUGCCAACUGGUCGCAGCCUAUCGUGAGCUUCCAGUAUGCCAACCCAGAUGAUCUCUACCUAGAUAUCGCCGUACAGCCUGACCUCGGGCUUAUCGCAGCUGCACAAGACGUCAACUCAUCGGCAGCUAUCAAGAUCUAUAAUAUGUGGACGGGCAAGUUGUUGAAGGAGAUCCCGCAGCAAAGUCCUGUCAAAGUACAUAUAAGGUGUCUUCGAUUCAUGCAAGAUAGCAAUGAUGAUCCGGAGCUGUGGUCGAGUUGGGGCGGCUCGGUUGUCAAGAUGAGCCUUGGUUGA